AUGAGAGUGGCUGCGAAUCUGACGAUGCUAUUCACGGAAGUUCCGCUGAUUGAAAGGUGUGAAAAUGAACCAAUCGUUAUUUUUUCAUAGGUUUGAAGGUAUGCAGCUGCAGCGAGAGCCGGCUUCAAGUUGGUUGAAGUCAGUCUGCCUUAUUCGGAAAGCGCUGAAACACUGAAGGAACAGGCCGACAAGUACCAACUCCAGCACACCCUCAUCAAUGCUCCUACUGGUAAACUAAUCCAACACAUUAUGAACCAUUAGAAAGGAUUCUUCAUGUAAAUUGAUACCUGCAUGUUUGUUUAUAUUUUACCAUUUCGCAUGUCUGUCACACAGUUUAACAUUUCCAAGUCAUGUUCUAAAUUUCAACGCCGUUUCAAAACGGCUGUCGAAAGGAAGACGUAGGAAGACCACAGAAAGUUUUCUCCGAAAGUUUCACGUGACGGGGGCUCCUCCAUCGGACAGCCACGACCUUGAUCCAACGAGUAUAUUGACUACAGAUGAAAAAAUGUCUCUUUUCUCAUGACUUUUCUUCUUUUUUUCUAGUUAUCGAAUAUCGGAAUAAAAACGAAGAAAAAACCAAGAAAAUUAAAAUGUUGAAUGAAUUUCAAUGCAAAAAUGUUUCAUUGUUAAUUAACGUUGUAAAAAGACACAAUUGAUGAUCAGUUCAGGUGACUGGUCAGCAGGUUUCCGCGGCCUCGCAUCACUUUCCUCGCAGAGCGAACAGUUCGAGAAAAGCAUCGAAACUGCCAUCGAGUACGCCAAAACGCUCAAAUGUCCGAGGUAAAUGGGGUUUCGCGUUUCUAUAAAAACUUUUUUCAAUGACGCCAAAUACAUCUUUCACUUUAAACUUUCAGAGUACACGUAAUGGCUGGAAUUCCUCUUGGAGAAGAUAUAAGAUUUGCUUCGGAAACUUACUCAAGGAAUAUACGAUUUGCCAGUGAAAGGCUUCAGAAGGUUUACUCUGUGCAAUCGACCUCGAUUAAAAUGAAAAUUACAGGAAAAAAUCCUCUGCCUCAUUGAACCUAUCAAUACGUUCACCAUCAAGGGAUAUCAUUUAAACUCGUUUGAUUCGGGUUUCCACGUGAGAAAUAAUGCGAAAAUCUAUUUUUUUUUUCAGCUUCCAAGCUUCUGGAUGAACUCGCCGACCCCAAUUUGAAAAUUCAAUACGUAUGCUCUUCGAAUUUCAUUUAUUCGCAUUUGAAGGAUUUUUUUAUUUAGAGUUCUUCAUUAUUCAAUACUUUAGGACAUUUUCCAUGCUCAGCAAAUCAAUGGUAGCCUGACCGCAACUAUGCAGGAUCUCCAUGAAAGAAUCGGUAAUGCCGAUUAUCUCUUCUUCUUAAUAUGAUUUCUCACAUUUUUAGGAUACAUCCAAGUCGCACAAGUGCCAAAUCGCGAUGCUCCAAACGCUUCCGGAGAAAUCAACUUUGCCUACGUGUUCGAAUGUAUAAACAAAGUGAAUCCAAAAUUAAUAAUUGGUUUUGAAUACAAUCUGAAAGAAGCUCGUUUUGAUAAAAAAUCAUUCGACUGGAUGUUCUCAUUUGGUUUGCAAUUCUAAAUCAUUAGACCUUGCAACUUUCGUGAAAAAAAUUUGAACUAAUUGUACUUUUAUCGUUGUACAAAUGUUAAUAUUUUGUAUAAAUUUUUUGAUGUAUAUUGUUUGAAUUAUUAAAUUUUUAAAAAAAUUGAUUUUUACUUGAAAUAAAGAAAAUUUAAAAUUAACCUUUCUUGUUUAGACUUUUUUUACCUUUGCAAAUAAUCAUCGAGAGAAAUCCUUAAGUAUUCAAAAGGUCUAAAAAAGAGAACUUCGAUAAGUAUUUUCAAUAAUAAUAUAUGUAUAUACAUAUUUAAUUUUUUUAAAAAUACCGCCGAAAUUUUGACGGUGCAAUUUUUCACAACUUCGUGAGGUCAUGCGGUUAUGAGAGACGGUGUAUUUUACUUUGAACACCAGAUCGGACGACGGUUUGUUUAUAUUUUUUUUAUUUCGUUUUAUUUGAAUUUGAAUUUUCGUUUAGUUUACCGGAAACUUCCAUUUUUAAAAUAUUGAUUAUUGAAAUUGUUUUGUGUUUCCUGUUCUUUUUGGGUGGGGCUUGAACGGUGUUCAAUUGUUUUUUUAUAAUCAAGUUUAUGGAUAUUUUUGGGCUUGCAAGCAGAAAGACUAACAAAAAUAGUUUUUAGAUGGUCGUAGAUAAAAGUAGCAGUGCCACUGGGGAAGUUUAUUUUCCACGGGGUGGAGGCACUGAUUCUAAACCGAAAAAGAAAGAUACUCAAGUUGUUUCUACAACGACCAAAGCCACGAAGGGAAAAGCUGAAAAGGUGCGUUCUAAAAAUGUUUAAAUUUGAAGAAAACCGUAAAAUGUUCUGAUUUUGCUCAAGUGCUGACUAAUUUCAGAGAAAACUAGAUACAGAGAGAAAUGUCUCCAGCAAGAAGAAGAAAAAAGAUAAAGACAUGUGGACAUGUAACGUGAGCGAUGAAAUGUUUUUAGAAGGGCUCAUGGGAGUUGGAGUUGUGCAAGAGGUUUUCAUUCUGUCUUUUAGCGUGAACUAAAAUAUUUCCAGGUUUUUGAAGAUCAUCUCUUCAUGGAGACCAUGGCCCACACAACUGUGGAGCUCACCUCAAACAACGUAAUAUUUCUUUUUUUCUUAUAUAUCGAAAAAUAUUUUUAGGUUUCUCCGAAGUUCAGCGAGCUUUUUCAAUCGCAAGGCUUAACGAUGAGUAAAGCGUUUACAGUGGGACAAAUGGUCCCAUUCAAAGUCAUAAAUCGAAAAGCUAAAGACGGUUUGUUGAGAAGAACCUUCAUUUGAAAUGUUUUCGUGCUUUAGGAAACAAGCAUGUUCGUCCUAAGGUGACUUGCGAUCCACACCAACUCAACUCGCACUUAACGCCGAAGAUGCUGUCGACUGGCCUUGUCCUUCACUCGAUAGUCAUCAGUAUUGAAGAAAAAGGUAUAAAAGGGUUAUCCGCUGAAUUAUAGCGUUUUUUAGGCGCCAUACUCGAUUUGGGAAUGGAUUCGCUGCAGGGAUUUGUCGAGAAAGAAAGUCAGCCCCAGGGGAUCUUUGAGGGACAGCCGCUGAUCGUUCGCAUUGAGAGCGUCCUUUCGCGAGUCGUUCGUGUCUCCACUCUCGUCGAACAAGUGCCGAAAAACGCCAAAUCCUAUAUUUUCGAAGUUUACAGGACAAUCUGAGCAUGGGAGCUUGUGAAAAACUCAAAAUGGAUCAUCUGAUGCCGGGGACGAUUCUAGACUGCGAGCCGACCGACGACGAGCCAACCGCCUCCGGCAUCACAGUCACUAUUGGAAACGGUAUCACCUUUACUUAACAACUUUUUUAAAGAAUCUUUUGAACAAAUUUCUAAAAAAGUCAUGACAAACUGGUUUUCCAGAGAAGCUUUUUAAAAAAAAGGAUCCGAAGUUUGACAGAAAUAGGGAGAAGUUGUGAGCGUUUUUUUUCCUUAUUAUUAUUUUUUCCGGUUUUAGAUAUACCUUUUGAACUUAUGAAGUUCACCUGGUUGAACUGUCGAUAAAUAACCUUGCUUCACUUCUCUUACGUUUUUAUAAUCAUGAUUUCCUUUCUUUUCUUCCAUCAAGAAGAUCAUAUUUUUUUCAUUAAAAAAAAUCAGGCAUCCGCGGAACGAUCCAACGAAGAGCCCUGCCUACAAGUCUCCGGGAGAACGUAUCCGGCUUCGGGAAGUCGAUUCGCGCCGUCGUGAUGAUGUGCCAACAGAACUCGAAUAUUCUGGUCCUGAAUGCCCAUCAAGACAUCGUCGCCGUCAGCAAGCCUCAGCGACGCACCAAUUUCGAGGUUUCACUACUUUGACGUCGUCUCGAAUUGUUUUUGGCAGGGAAUUUCCGUCGGCGACAAGAUCCAAUGCAAAGUCUUCGACGUCAUAAAAUCCAAACAUUCUGUUUGUUUUUCGAUUUUGAAGGACGAAAAUAAAAAACUGACGAUAACUGCAAUUGGCGCGAAGGCGAUGCUCGACAAGUCUGAGAAAAUUGGUGAGUGAAUCAAUAAAAAAGGUUCAUUUGCAAAAAAAAGUCUACAGAUGUGAGUGAAAUUCCUGAGAAUGAAGAUAAAAAAAUUUUUGUGAAAAAAAGUUUUUCGAAUCAAAGAAAUGCUUCAGGAACUUCUCGAGUUCCGUAAAGCCGUAGUUCCAUUAAAAAUAACUUUUUUUCUCGAAAUCACAUAAUUUUUUUAUGAAGGAACUGAAAUGUUUUUCUGUUCCAUAGUCAUAUAAGAGAAGUCAAAACACGGUUUGACAAAGUUAAAAAAAAAAAACCAAAAAGAGCCUUUUCAGUUUAAAAAAAAAGCUAAAAAUUAUUUCUUUCUGUAAUUUUUAGCUAAUAUGCCAGUCACAUGUCAACGAGUUUUUUCUGCAGAAGAGGAGUACAAGAUCGGAAGUCUGAAGGAAUGCCGGGUGAUCGGCAUGAGAUACGUGGAUCGUUGUCUUCUCGUGGCGACGCGACGCGACAUUCUCAAGCAGCCUCUCGUUUCCUACAAGGUAUCCUCUUUCAGCGCAGAUUCGUCGAUCGUGAGCGGAGGCAAUGAUUUUUGUUAAAAAGCAAAUGAAAACUUAACUCUUAGAAGCUUUUCCCAUGUAAGAAGUACGAGGGUCAAUGAAAUAGUCAGAAACUUUUCUUGACUCCAACCCCUCCGAUUAUUGACGACUCUUUGCAGUUCGCGUUGUCUGAAAAGGAGUCAAGGACAUGGAAUCAGUUCAGAUGAAUCUUUCAUUUAAUGAUGCUCCAUGUUCAGGAUGCUGUUUGUGGAGACGUCGUUGAGGCGAAAGUCACGUAUUGCAACAAGUCGGGCAUUUAUCUCAACGCCUGCAAUUUCGUCCGCGCCUUCAUUCCCCUCACAUUGAUCAGCCCCAAAACAGCCAAGAACUACAUGAAGAAGUUGUCCGUCGGUACGGAAAGUUAAUCCUCUCUCAAUCUCACACGAAAGUGCGAAAAUCUCUGUUAUGAUAAUAUAUUUUCGGAGUACCUGCAACACGAAACAUCUUUUUUGAACAGAACGCGCUUUACGAAUAAAAAUAAGAGAAAAUAGUUUGCAGAAGUUCGAAACUAUUUUUUGAUGAAUUUUUUAGAAAAUUUUUUUUUGCAAAAUUAACAAAGUUCAGUUCACGUAUUUCCAACAAUCCCUCCUUAACUUUAUAUCUAUGAAUUUUCGAAGCUAUCAUUUUUUUCAAACUUGUAGACACUGUGCUGAAGUGCGUGGUAUGGGAUGUGAAUGAAAAAACCAAACAAAUUAUCCUGACAAAUCGCGAAGAAAUCGUCAAUUUCCAGGUGAUUAUUUUGACCUUUCUCUGAAUUUCCUCGGGGUUCAGGGAUCGAAGCUGAAGGCAGAAAAGUCUUUGUCGGAGGGAAACACGUAUCCGACGACUGUUCUGCAGAUCUUCGAGAAAGGUUCCCUGCUUCUUCGAACUUUCCGCGGUCUUCGAGGCGUUCUUCCUCAUUUUGAAGCGGCUCUACUGCAGAAUGUCAAGUCAGCUUUUGUGAUUAGUUAUUCGUUCGAAGAAAAGGAGGAAGACAAAAAUACAUUGAAAACUUAAAAAAAAUGAACGGAAAAAAUUGAUAAGGAUAUCCAAAAAAUCUCAAGACUACGGAGUUAUUGAGGCAGUGGAUAAAACGAUAAAAAUAAAUUUUAGUGAAAAAAAAAGAAUGAGAAAAAAGUAAAAGCGGAUUUUCAGAGUAAACGAUUUCGUCGAGGCUAAGGUGAAGAGCAUCGACAGCGCGAAAAGGGUCAAUUUCACUCUCGGAUCGCUUCCCAAGCAGUUGGUCGCUUCAGAACUGAAAAAAGUCAUACGACCUAAUGUAACCAUUUGAAAAAGUAAAUUCCAACAGCAACAUUCAUUUUUCCAGCCGACAGAGCAUCUCAACAACGAAAAUGUGUUCUCUGGCGUCGCGAAAUCUCAGAAGGCCAAUGAAAGUGUGACCGUCGAGUAUAGUGUUGAAGGACAAGUAUCGCAGCUUUUCGAGGCCUUUUCAAUGAAAUGAUUCCAGAAUGUCGAGGCUGUACUUGAGAACAGCAUGAUUUUCGACAGCUUGGAUGCCCCUCUCGGAAGUUUAGUCAACGCUUCGAUCAAGAAAAUGAAGUUUGACACGAUCGUUCCUCUGGGAACAGUUGGAAACUUUAACCGAGUAUGGAAAAACUGUCUUUUUCCAAGUAUAAUUACUGUUUCAGGCUUGUGCUAAGGGCUCUGUGGCCACAUUUAUGAAGGAAAUCGGGCAGAAGCCUCUGCUGACUUUCCAAGAUCUCAAGGAGAAAAUGGUACGGAAUCGGAUUCAAUUUUCGUUUUAAAUGGGAACUUUCAGGUCCUUUGCGCAGUUGUUCAUCAAAAACUGGACGACGUUGGAACUUUUGUCGAAAUCUGCGGUGGAUCCGGUCUCGUUGCGCUUUUAUAUUGUCGAGGUGCGCUGUUUACAAAAAAAGAUAAUUUCAGUACUGUUUUUAGAACUUAUCAGUAUUAGGUUUUCUGUAAAUGUUUAUCAGAAGGAAGGUUUUAAAUCGGAAUAACAUUUUAGGAGAGAAAAUGUUGGACUCUCCGCAUCCUCUGGGUCACGUCCUGAUCGGCGAAGUCGUCAGACUGAACAAGGAGAAGAAGUUGUUCUGCUUCAACCUCGUGGUACCUACAUUAUGUUUUUUUUUUUGAAUGGCAAUGCAUUUCUAGACCGGUUCCGGAAAUACUCUCGAAUGCUUCUCCUUGACUUUACUGAAAAACAUUGUCGACGAACUCUCGUGGGCCGCAAAACUGUCCAACUUUCCGGUCCCAGGUUGACCUUUCCUCUCGAUCUUUCUGAAUAUUUGGCCUCCUUAGGCACACAACUUUCCGCCACUGUUUCGAAUGAACUCGAUGAAUAUUUCGUCGUUCGUUUCUCUUUCAAAAAGAAGAAAAUGACUGGGAUUUUGCACAAAUCGACUUCCGUCGAAGCAAAGGUGUGUGGCCUCCAGGUUCAUGAAUUUUUUCUAAUCAGGUGGGCGAAGAGCUCGGAUGUAUCGCCGUGGAGAACAACUACUCAACGAACGAAGUUUUAGUGGCUUUGGCUUCAGAUGACGUGAGCUCUGCCUCCACAUGAGUAAAGACUGAGAGUUUACAGAAACCGCGUGUGGUUUCUGUCCGAAAAGAUUACGUUGCCUUGGUUAGUAAGAAGGGACUGAUCUACAUGCCCACAAGACUCCAUCCUAAUCACGUCCCUUCUACCGGUAAGUGCUUUUUUCUGGCCGUGAAAACUUGCAAAACUUGUUCGAUGUAUAUUUUUUAUUCGAAGUAUUUUACAGCUGAACUGAGAAUUUUCCAAAUAAAAAAACAUUGCAAAACACUAGUGAGUUAACAUUCGAAUAAGUUUUUGCGAAAAUCCUGUCCUUGCUUCUUUUUUCUUGAUUUCGGCGGCUUAGGUGGGAGUUUCUAUGGGUUUCUUUCAGAUUCUUCCUCAAGUCCGCCGACUCCCAUAAAAUUUAUAUCACGGGUUUUUUAUUUUCAAUGCUCUUGAUUGUAAAGUAACAUAGUUUAAGCGUUCAGCUAAUUGGGCUGUUCAAAAUAUAUCAAAUUUUACUUCAAAAAUUUAAGAAUGAAAAUUGUUAUCGAAUAUAAAUAAAUGUUCACACUAUUCCUGGAAAUUUGAUAAAGAGAAAAACAAAAUAUAGAUAAACUGAGGAAGUCUGGAAAUUCAGGAAUACGUAAGAAAGUUGAAAAAUACUUUGCUCGCUUAAUUGUCGCUUGACCUCGCUUUGUAUUUUGAUAUUUUUUUCCGUUUUAAUCCCCCUCGUUUUACAUUAUUUUUUUAUGAAAAAUAUUCAAAUAUAAACCAAAUAUAAACCAAAAACCUUUCACUAAAAUGAUUGAUCUUUUUUUUGUAGAUCUGGUGAAAGUCGGCGAUUCAUUUUCUGUCAAAACGAGUAAGCAUAACGAAGUUUUGGUGGGUCAUCGGAAGGAAGACGAACAGCUCGCGGCUUCGUUGGAGGACCUUCUCUCUGGGGGAACGACUCAAAAGACGAGCUUUGUAAGAAAAAAAAAAUUCUUUUAGAGAUUCUUUUUCCGAUUUUUAGAUGGUAAAAACCAUAAAGAACUUGUCGAUCUACACGGGAGUUGUCGUUGGAGAGUGGAAGACGCCUGAAAAACACACCAAACAGACACUCUUCGCCAAGAUUUCCUUGCCUGGCGGACACAUUGGUUUCCAUUUUAUUAAAACUUUAAUUAAGUAUUCUCUGUUGAAUUCGCAAUAUUUUUCGAUUUUAUAACGACCAUAGUUUCACAGAUCUGUGAAUGUGCACUUUGAUCUAAGAAUUUUGGAAAGAUGAGUUGAGAAAUGAAAAAUUGGGCAAUCUUCGUGAUUUUUGAAGGAGCUCUUUUUAAUUCAAUGUGGUUAAACUGAAAUUUUGAGUUGAAUUAAUUGUAAACAUCUUGGUCAAUUCAGAAUUUUACGAUAAACUAGCCUUUGAACAAAAUCGAACUUAAACAAAAAUAUGGACAUUUUGGGGAAAAAGCAGAGUUUCAUAGAUAGUUAAAAUGUCAAGAAUAUGUUUCCUACUCGUUUUUCUCAGCUGAGUUUGUAUUUCCUCACAUUCAAAUACAUCAGGCCGCAUGCACGUCUCCGAAAUGCCGUCUUCGGUUUUGGUCGAGAAGUCCUUGCCUCUGGAGGCGUUCCUCGGAAGGAAUCUCCAGAAGGAAGUCAUCGUUCGAGUCAUUGGCUUCGUCAAAGCCCAGGGAAAGGCGAGUCCAAACAUUUUAGCGCCAUUGCCAUAGUUUUACAGGAAAGAAUCGCGGAGUUGACAAUGCGAGAAGCCAAAAUCAACUCGGUCAAAGCUCAUGCUAGCGAACUCGGCUUCAAGACCCACUUCAAAGUGAUUUUUCAAAUCUCGCCUCAUUGGGAUCAUAUGUUUGUUUGUGCAGGAGGGAGAGAGAGUCAUGUGCUUCGGAAUGGCUUCUUCUUCGCCCAACAAUUUGAAGCUCGAAAUCAAUUCUUUAUGGACGGCAACUGUGCCGCGUGAAAAUGUUGGAGAAGACUUGAAGGUUUCUUUUCAUAGAUAAGAAUCACUGAGGGGUUUUCCAGCGCUACGAAAAAUUUGAGAAAAAAAAAAUUGUAUUCUGUCUGAAAAAAAUAAUUUUACAAGCUCGAAGUUUUUUUAUUUUUCAGGCUCUGAAGCCAGAAGGAGGUGUUAUCGAUAUGGAACUGGCGAAAGGCGAAAUGCGCUUCGCCACUGUCACAGCCGUCAAUAAAAAACAGAAAACUUUGGCUGUUUCGUUUGAAGUUCCAGAAAACCGAGUGGGUAUUAUUUUUCAUCUUUUUUUUUCUUUUCUUCUUCAUUUCUAGAGAUUUUCAGGGAUUCUCGAGAGGCCAAUGCCUGACCGGCCGCGUUUUCGAGGUCCAAAAGCGUCCUUUGUCUGUCCGACUCCAUCUCUCUUCCGGGCUACAGGCGAUUUUGAGCCCGACCGCUGUCUCUCAAAACUACGAAAGUGUCGCCAACCAAGUGGCCAACAAUUUUGCCAUCGGCCAGGUUUUUCCACACAUCAAAAAAAAGUUGAGAAAAGGAUUCAGAUUGCACAAGUUUACGCUUUUUGUAUGGGCGAAGCUCCUCGCAGAUACUACGUCGUGACGGAAGAAAGGUUUUCGAAGCGCGGGAAAGAGGAAGAAUCUGAUCGCCGUCGGCUGAUUUCUGACCGUACAGAACUGAAACGCGGACAAAUUGUAGGGAAACAUGUUUCGAACAGGUCGUGUAAGGCAAGGUUUCAGCUCGACGGUUUCGUUACGAAAGUCCAAAAAGAAGGAACGAUAGUGGAAAUCGGUCCAGGAGUCCGUGGAAAAUUGAACUUUCUUCCCGACAAGAGAAUGUCAUAUAACGAAAUCUCCAUUUUCUGAUAGCUGUUUUUUCAGAAAGCCCAUUGCUGUCAACAGCGUAGUUGCUGUACAGAUUCAGCACAUUGACAAGGAGAGCAUUGUUCUGAAUUUGGAAAAGGUCUACGACGUGUUGGCUAACGCGGUUCGGAAACUUUCUAAACAUAUUAAUACUCUAUUUUUUUCUCAGAGUUUGAUUGAGUCGGAGACAAAGAAAAAGAAAAAGGACGCCAAGGAAGAAGAAGGGAUAGUCGACGUCGAGGUUUUUGACCCGGGGCUGGCCUCAUCCCAACUUCAAUUGCAGAUGGAGGAUCCUGGAUUCGAUUGGUCUAACAGCGGCUUCAGAAACGAGGACCUGGCCACUGUUGGAAAGCUUUCUUCUCAGGAAAAUGCGAUGGAAGAGAAAAAAAGUCUUCAAAAAUUCUUUCUGAUCACACAUAUACUUUGACUUCAGAAGCAAAAGCCAAGGACUCUGCGAAGAAGGAAAAUUUGCAAGAGGAAGACGAGAAAAUGGACGACGAGGAGUUUGCGAAAAUGCUUCGAAACGAUCCUAAUUCUGCGAUGCUUUGGAUACGGUAUCGAUUGUUGUGUCUUUCGUGACUGAACGUCGCUUUCACUCAGAUACAUGAGCUUCUUCCUAGAGAAGGACAAUUUGAGUUCGGCUAGAGCCACAGCUGAAAGGGCUUUGGAAACCAUCAGCUACAGGUUGUGGCGAGAGUGUUUUCUCUCGAACUGAGAUCUUUUCAGAGAGGAUUCCGAGCUUUUCAACCUGUGGACGGCCUACCUGAACAUGGAGGUGGCGUUUGGCGAUGAGGCCUCCGUCAAGGCGGUUUUCGACCGCGCCUGUCAGAAUGCCGACUCGUUCAAAAUCCACAAACAACUUGCUUCUAUCUACGACAACGCGGAGAAACACGAAGUUUGCUUUUCUCUGACCUUUCUGCUUCUUCAUUAUAUAGAGCUUUAUAUUCACUAUAACUCUGCUCUUUUCAAUUUUUUGUGAAGAAAUUUGUUUUCUGAGCUUCCCGAUGUACGACCUGGCUGAAAUCUGAUCUCUUUCAGGAAGCACGCCAAAUUUACGACACGAUGGUCCGAAAAUUCAGAUCGAAGCAUAUCGAGGUUUUAACAGUUCUCGAAUGUCCAGAUUUAGAUAUUUCUCCCAGGUGUGGUACUUGUUGGCGGAACACGACAUGAGAAAUGAGAGACAAAAAGAAGCCCGAGAAUUGCUCCAACGCGCCCUUUCCAGUGUCCCCAAGCAGCAACGUAGAAGUUCAAUCUCAGAAAUCGUUUCAAUUCCCGUUUUCAGACACGCAAUUGAUCACCAAGUUCGCUCAGCUUGAGUUCAAGAGCGGGGAUACAGAGCGUGGAAAGACUCUUUUUGAAGGCCUGGUUAGAACUUUGAGAAAAGUAUGAGCUCAAAGGUUUUCCUUCAGGUGAACUCUUACCCAAAAAAUACUCAGCUUUGGUUGGUCUAUGCCGAUGCCGCUCAGAAAUACGUUGACAUCGAAUUGGCUAGGUGAGAUUACUUUUUCAUUCUUCUCUAAGUUUCAAAUAUAUUUUCGAACGCGGCUCGUAAAGUUUUCUUCUAAGUUUAUAAGGCGAGGCUUUUCCCUAGUACACGAAGCUUGGUCUUUAAGUAUCUCCAGAAGCAUGAAGAAUAUCUUUGAAGAAUUAUGGAACCUUUUGUUUUUCUAUAACUCGAGAAAUUCAGGCCGCUUAUUUUAUUUCGCGCCUUUUUAUCGAGUUUCCAGCUAAUCCGUUUUUCGAAACGUUCACCUUCAUUCCUUGAAAAAAAACUUUCAGUACCUUUUCAUAAUAAAACGCUAUGAGGGUUUCUUUUUUUAAGCUUUUAUUUUUUUUUACCGAUCUUUUUCAUCUGUAGCUUCUUUCGCGUCUCCAAACUUUAAUUACUGUUUCUCAGAUUUCUAGAGUGCUCUGAAAUGAGAUCUGGCUUUUAUUUUUUUUUGACACGUCAACCGCUAUUUUGUCAGGAAUGUGUUGGAACGGGCUUGCGCCGUCGGCUCCUCGAUGCACAUGCUCCGGCCGCUCUACAAGAAAUGGUUGGAGCUGGAGCAACGCCAUGGCGACGCCGACGCCAUUGAACUGGUCCGAGCCAAGGCCGAGAAAUACUUGCAAUCCGUCGCCGACGCCAUGGAAGUCGACUAG